AAUAGCAAUACUGACAAAUAUUUUAAAUAUAAUAAACUAAUGCAGUGUUGAUUGUGAAACUUGAAAGGCCAUUUUACAAACGAAUGGUUGCAAAAUGUUUGUUACCCAAUCAAGCCUUGUGUAGCUCCGACUGUCUGCUGUUGAAGUGUCCUCGGGCAAGACGCUGAACCCUAAAUCAUGCUUCCAGGUUGGCAAAAAAAAAAAUUUGAAAAAAUUCGCUUGACCUGGGAAGUAGGAUUUUUAUUUUUUUUUAUUUUUUAUUUUUUCCACUUGAAAAAGGUUUAGUAAACUAGAUGAGUGGACACCUGGUUAAUUUUUCAAAUAAUUGAUGAAUUGGAUAAAAAAAAAUUAAAAUUUCCAUCCAUGUAAAAAAGAGGGCAUUAUUUCAAACUGACAGUGCAGCGGGGGAUUCUCAACAGCAAGUGAUCCCUGUCCUAGACAGGUGGGUGCCACUAAAUUGCCAAGCUUGCCUACACAACACCAGCUCAUGCGGGCAGAACAUGGCAUCCAAGUUUGAACAUUUCCUGCUUUUUAACCCAUCAGACGAUUAGCUCCACGGCUGCCAAUUAAGUUAAGUGUCUUCAGGUGUGCUGUCACCUUAUUAGUUAACAAGAAGGGUGACUUCUGUGUGGAGAUCCAACAGCAAAUAUGUUUGCUUGAGCUGUGCGAUUCCUCUUUGUCGUGCUUUACUUUAUUAUUAUUUUUUUUUAACUUGUUGUAGGCGCACCCUACGUGGUUUUAUCCCGUUUCCAUGUUUUAGCACAGAAGCAGUCUUGUCCUUUCAGGUCGUUAAAUUUAAACCGAGGCUAUGAAGGAGGAAAUUGCUGCCGCCGUGUUCUUCGUGGGCCGCCUGGUCAAGCGCUACGGACGUAUGGACAACGAUGGCCGCGAACGCUUCGCCGCCGCGCUCACGUCCGCACUGUUCGAAAGCUACAAGAACCACUGGCACCCGAACGUGCCCACCAAAGGACAAGCCUACAGGUGUCUGCGAAUGAACCGGGUGCAACUACAGGAUCCAGUGCUUCAGAAGGCGUGUGAGAGGAGCGGAGUGCGCUACGAGGACCUGGGCCUGCCUCAGGAGCUCACCGUGUGGGUUGACCCCGGCGAGGUCUCGUGCAGGUACGGCGAACACGGCGCCCCCUUCUGCAUCUCUGUGCUGGACGGCAGCCGGCGCGCCGACCGCCAGUUCUCUCGGAGAGUCCACGACGCCGUGGAGCGUGCCAGCUUGGAUGUGCCCUCGGAGAGCUCUUCGGAUGAUGAUGACGACGAGGAAGAGCGUGGCAGUGGCGUAGAUGCCAGCUGCAGCAGUCCAUCUGCUCUUUGUGCCGAACCCAAAACCAUCCCAACUGUUAGCAACCCCAACAGUGUCUACCGGUUCAGCGAGUUUGCUCCAGGCGCUCCCCAGACGUGGCUCACCUACCCCAAGAGGAAGCCCUUCGGUGGGGACACCUUCCUGCCGCCUCCUAAGACGCAGCAGCCAUUGGGCUCCAAAGGUUUCAGUUCCUACCGGGCCACGUUCACCUUCACCGGGCCUCGCGUGGACAAGUACCACUGGGUCAGCCAGUCCCGCUCCUAGAACCUUUCAGGUCCCUGCCAAAACAUUGGAAGGGUGAAAACAGAAACUAAAGUCUAAGUGCAUUUUCUGCAUCUUUAAAGGAUAAGUUUGACUGUGUAUGAUUUAAAAUGAGGUUUUUGUGUUGCUUUUUAACGUCUUGACACAUUCAAGUGCUUUUAAGUAAUUCUACCUGUAAAUGUGUUUUUAAACUCUAGUAACUGUGAAUAAAGUAACAUUGAGAACUGUCGGUGAAAAGAAAUAAACGCGUCCGUUUCAGCUCCAAAGUGUUGACUUUUUUAGUUUUUAAAAUAAAAAUAAAUUCUUUUGAUUAGCAUGCAUCCAUUUCGUUCAAGCUCGGGUGACCGUUCCAUGCUCUGAACUACAUGGACCACUAAGAAACUUGGAGCAAUUCCCCCAGUAGAAAAUAACCUAGUUGUAAAAACGCGUACGGUGUAAAUUAACCACUAAUGUAAAAUAAAAUCAAUAUUUCAAAUAAGUUUGACAUGUUGUAAGAGUGAGUACAGUUUCUUGGGAAUCCAUUACUUUAUAAAAUGUUUUUCU